UGGCUGAAAUCUCUCUCACUUCCAGCAUUAUCGUACACAGGCGUGUAGAGAAAGUAAGAGGGAUCAGAAGAAAGGGGGGGGGGGGAGAGUACAUGGUAGGGGGAGGAAGGGCUGUUCCUGCCUUGUACCUGCCCUCCAGGUGUGCUCACAAGUCUAUGGAAUGUCAGAGGCAGCAGAGCAAGGUCUGAGUCACGCACAGGCGUCCAUAAAAAUCCUUUUUUUCUCUCUCCCUCUUGCACUUUCUACAAAAGGGGAGGGAAGGACCUGUCUCUCCUGCAGGAGACUGAACUCCAAAAUUUCUCUUUGGACCCUGUUUUGAAUAGGAUACCAUCAACCGUGAAGGAUUACAAAAGGGCAGAGCUGAGAGUUGGCAUACCUUUAGUUCCCUUCUGCGCAGGAUCACAAUCGCUGGGAUAUCAGAUUAAACCUUUGGGGAUUUUUGUUCUCUACCCUGAUGAGAUUUGCUUCUGGUGGGGGGAUGGUCGUCCCUCACAUCCUGGGGGCUCUGCUGCUGCUUCUGGGUAUCUCCAAUGUUAACUGCAACAGAGUCAAUGCUUGUGUGGCGUCCGGAGCUAAAACCUGCACAGAAUGUAUUCGUGUGAACAAGGACUGCUCGUACUGCACAGACGAGAAUUAUCAUAAUGUUCGUUGCGACCUAAGGGACAAUCUCAUCUCCUAUGGAUGCAGCGCUGCCGGAAUUGUUUACAUGAAAAGCGAGAUCAGAACAAUCAUGAAAGAAGAGAUUAACAAAUUUGAAAGUAGAACACAAGUCUACCCUCAAAAAAUGUCCAUGCGACUGCGUGCUGGCGAGGAACAUACUUUUGAAUACCGUGUGUUUGAACCCCUGGAUACGCCUGUAGAUCUAUACAUCUUGAUGGACUUCUCCUACUCGAUGUCUGAUGAUUUGGAAAAUCUAAAAAAUAUGGGCGAUAAAUUGGCUGAUGUGGUCCGUACUCUCUCAACUGAUUACACUAUCGGCUUUGGGAAAUUUGUGGAUAAAGUGUCUGUUCCUCAGACAGACAUGAGGCCAGAGAAACUGAAGCAGCCAUGGCCCGAUAGUACGCCCCCUUUCUCUUUUAAGAACGUCAUCCGACUCACAAACAACAUUGAUCAGUUCCGAGACGAGUUGAAGAAAGAGAGAAUCUCUGGAAACUUAGAUGCCCCUGAGGGUGGGUUUGAUGCCAUUCUCCAGUCAGCUGUUUGCACGAACCAAAUCGGGUGGAGACAAGGAAGCACUCACAUCCUGGUGUUCUCCACGGAAUCAGCAUUUCACUAUGAGGCCGACGGAGUGAACGUGCUAGAUGGGAUCAUGCCCAGAAACGAUGAGCAAUGCCAUCUGGAUCAAUCUGGACUUUACACCUACGACACCCUUCAAGAUUACCCAUCGAUUCCGACUCUUGUGCGACUUCUCGCUAAGAAUAACGUAAUUCCGAUCUUUGCCGUCACCAACCAUUCCUACAGCUACUAUGAUAAAUUAAGCAAGUACUUCAAGGUGUCUGAAAUUGGAGAACUGCAGGAGGACUCAUCUAACAUUGUGCAGCUCCUGGAAGAGGCUUUUAAGCAAAUCCGCUCAAGGAUGGAUAUCAGAGAUGAUAACACACCUCGUUCCAUGAAAGUUUUAGUCUCAUCAGAGUCGGCUAAAUUGACAGAGGCCGGAUCUUUCCAGGUGACCCGUGGUGAAGUGGGGACAUUUAAGGUAAAAGUAAAUGCUCUAGAGAAAGUUGGCAAUCAAAAAGUUUGUGACCUGCCCCCUCAAGACCAGUCUGGCAACAUCCUCCUUAAACCAUCUACCUUCACAAAUGGACUGGAAAUUGAAGCCUCAGUCAUGUGUGACUUGUGCCCCUGUGAGCUGCAAAAAGAAAUGAACUCCCCAAAAUGCAACAGGAAUGGCCACUUUGCCUGUGGACGUUGCGAAUGCAGAGAACCCUGGAGAGGAGAAUUCUGUAACUGUUCAUCUCUGCAAGCCAUAGACAGCCAGUCAUGCAUUGCCCCCAAUCAAACAGAGAUCUGCUCAGGAAGAGGAGAAUGUCUUUGUGGAGUCUGUCAAUGUUACGGCGAGUCCCCAAACCACCAAUAUCAAGGAGACUUCUGCCAGUUCAACAAUUUCGAGUGCCCACGCACAGGUGGCUUCAUGUGCAAUGAUAGAGGCCACUGUUACAUGGGAGGCUGUGCGUGUCAACCUGGAUGGGAAGGGGCUGGAUGUGAAUGUCCAACCAGCAAUCAAACCUGCCUGGAUAGAAAUGGGGGCUUGUGCAAUAACCGAGGGAAAUGCAUUUGUGGACGUUGCCAGUGUGACUCCAAGUUCCAGUUUACAGACGGGCUCUGUGAAUUUAGCAGCUCCCUGAGACUGUUGGGAGCCUGUGAGGAUGUGAGAACAUGUGUACAAUGCCAGGCAUGGGGCAGUGGAGAGAAGAAGGGCAAAAAAUGUGAAAACUGUGAAUUUAAGAUAAAGAUGGUGGAUGAACUCAUCAAAGCUGAUGACAGAACUGAGAAAUGCUCAUUCCGAGAUGAAGAUGAUGACUGCACCUAUCAUUACACCGUGGAAGAAAUGACCUCUAUGUCGUCAAACUACACCGUGCUGGUCCAGAAGAAAAAGGAGUGUCCUCCCGGUGCCUUUUUAUGGCUCAUUCCUCUUCUCAUCUUCCUGAUGCUGCUCCUCGGCCUCCUAUUGCUGCUCUGCUGGAAAUACUGUGCCUGCUGUAAGGCGUGUCUGGCUCUGUUGCCCUGCUGUGGACGAGGUCGCGCUGUAGGAUUUAAAGAGGACCACUACAUGCUGCGCCAAAGUCUGAUGUCGUCUGACUACUUGAACACUCCGCUAGUACGAAACGGAAACCUCAAAGGCGGAGACACUGUUAGAUGGAAGAUCACAAACAACGUCCACCGUCCAGCUCCAUCACCAGGGGAUCUAAAUCCUAAAGAGCUAGUCCCAUAUGGUGUCUCACUACGGUUGGCUCGACUUUUCACUGAAAACCUGUCCAAGCCUCAGUCGCGGGAAUGUGAUCUACUACGCAGAGAAGUAGAAGAUACGCUGAACGAGGUUUACAAGGUCAUCCCAGGCACUCACAAGGUGAAGCAGACCACAUUCCGGCUGCAGUCCAACGCUGGCAAAAGGCAGGACCAUACAAUCGCAGACACUGUAUUAAUGGCUCCAAGAGAAGCUGAACCCGAAAUUGUAAAAGUCACCGAAAAACACGUCUCCCAAGAAGCUUUCCAGGACUUGAAGGUCACCCCAGGCUAUUACACAGUCACGUCUGACAGAGAUGCCCACGGCCUGGUGGAAUUCCAAGAGGGGGUGGAAAUGGUGGAUGUGCGAGUUCCCCUCUUCAUCCGACCAGAAGAUGAUGAUGAGAAGCAGCUACUUGUGGAAGCUCUAGAAGUUCCCACAGGAGCAGCCCAUUUGGGACGCAAAAAUGUCAACAUCACAAUCAUCAAAGAUCAAGCUAAGAGCGUUGUGACCUUUGUGAAGCCAGCUUUCACCUACAGCCGCCAGGACCAAGUUGCUCGUGUUCCUCUUUCACGCGAAAUUUUACAGAAUGGCAAGACUCAGGUGACCUAUCGUACCCAGGACCUGACAGCUCGUGACGGGAAGGAUUAUGCUUUCUCAGAAGGUGAAGUUACAUUCCAGGGAGAUGAAACUCAGUCACAAAUCUUGGUUCCUCUACUCGACCGAUCGGAGAUGGAUACCUUGCUGGAAAACAGGCAGAUUAAACAAUUCCUGUUGGAACUGAGCAAUCCAAAAUAUGGUGCCAAGAUUGGAAGGUACCCACAAUGUACCAUCACCAUUGAUGACAGUGCCGAUGUUGUACCAAAAGUAAUGACACAACAGGCUCUCCAAUCUCCUCGCGGAAAGUUAGGAGCCCCCAUUAACCUGAAUGCUCAGGCUAUUAGUGCUAGAAAAAUCCGGCUCAACUGGGUUCCCCCACCUGGAGGAAAAGUUGCUGGGUACAGAGUCCGGUACUGGAUUCAAGGAGACUCAGAGUCUGAUGCUACUGUGAUAGACACCCAGACGCCUUCUGCAGAGCUAGUCAACUUAUAUCCAUACUGUGACUACGAAACGAGAGUGUGUGCCUAUGACAUGCAUGAUGAGGGCCCUUAUACCGACAUUGUGACAUGUCAGACCCUUGAGGAUGUUCCAAGUGAACCGGGCCGUCUAGCCUUUAAUGUGAUUUCCAGCACAGUGACACAAAUAAGCUGGGCAGAGCCUGCUGAGACCAAUGGCAAUAUCACUGCUUACGAAGUUAACUAUGGCAUGGUGAACGAGGACAAUAAACCCAUUGGACCUAUGAAGAAGGUUCUAAUCAAUGAUCCAAAGAAACGAAUGGUCCUCAUUGAAAACCUGAGGGAAUCUCAACCCUACCGGUAUACUGUUAAAGCUUGUAAUAGAGCAGGCUGGGGCCCAGAAAGAGAUGCCACCAUGAACUUGGCCACCCAGCCUACUCGCCCAAUGUCCAUUCCAUUUAUUCCAGACAUCCCGAUCAUUGAUGCAGAAGGCGUAGAAGAAUACGACAGCUAUCUGAUGUACAGUACAGAUGUCCUUCGAUCCCCAGUGGGAAGCAAAAGGCCCAGUGUGUCUGAUGAAUCAGGCAAGCACUGGAAAUUCAUCCCUCUCCUGGGGUCUGAAAUGGAUCUGCGCCAGGUCACAUGGAAGCUUCCUGUAGAAGUCAUCCCUCGUCUGUCAGUCAGCAGUGCCAUGUCCACGGACACUGAGAGUCUUCAGGAUCAGAUGGACCAGUCCAGUUCUCUGAAGAGGAAGGGCACCAUGCGGGCAACUGCAGAAGAGCACCUGAUUAAUGGGCGCAUGGACUUUUCAUACCCCGGCUCAAUGAACAGUCUAACGCGGACAGUCACUGGCUACCAGCAGCUCAGCCCCCACGUCCAGCAGGACUCCUACAGGUUUGGCAGCACCAGCUCCCAGCACAUGACCACCAUUACAGGACACAGUGGAGGGUUCCUGCAUCCGAUGCAGGAGUACCCCGGGAGACGCCUCGCUGGGGCAAAGGUGAAGGGCUACCACAGCAACAGUGCCAGCCGAGACACAAUAAUUAUGGCUGACGGUCCUAGAGGGAUGCACGCGGUGAUAGGCACAUCAGGACAAAGCAGAUUGGGCCUGCCUCCAAUGAUGAGCACCGGCAGAGGGCGCACUCACUCAGAAGACGUGCGUGAUGCCCUCAGCAGCUUAGAUGUGGCCAUACAAGAUUCGCGCCUGUCACCCGGAAUCCCUGACACCCCCACCCGCUUAGUGUUCUCAGCACUGGGGCCUACAUCCUUGAAGGUCAGCUGGCAUGAGCCACAAUGUGAACGCGAGGUGCUGGGGUACAAGGUGCAAUAUCAACUGCUCAAUGGAGGUGACUCACGAACAAUCGACAUCCCAAAUCCCCGGGAGAACUCUGUGGUGGUAGAAGAUUUACUCCCUAAUCACUCAUACAUGUUCCGGGUUAAAGCACAUAGCGAAGAGGGAUGGGGACCGGAGCGGGAAGGAGUGAUCACCAUCGAGUCGCAAGUGGACCCACAGAGUCCUCUCAGCCCCGUACCAGGUUCUCCUUUCACUCUGAGCACCCCAAGUGCACCCGGACCCCUCGUUUUCACUGCUCUGACACCAGACUCUCUACAACUGAGCUGGGUGAGACCAAGAAAACCCAAUGGGACAAUCCUGGGUUACAUGGUCACCUGUGAAAUGCUGCAUGGUGGAGGAGAGCCGAGGAAUAUAUACGUGGAAGGCGAUAUGCCCGAGACAACCCUGACAGUGCCCUUCCUAAGCGAGAACCUUCCCUACAAGUUUAAGGUGCAGGCCAAAACCACCCAAGGAUUUGGGCCAGAGAGGGAAGGAAUAAUCACAAUUGAGUCACAGGAUGGAGGAAACUUCUCUCAGUUUGGGACGCAGCAGAUCACACGUCGUGAAAACUUUAAUCUGCCAACAGAAUACAGUCAGACCAGCGUCACCCACUCUGCAACGUCAGAGCCUUUCUUCAGGGAUGGCAUGUCUGUCACCUCUCACCGGAUGGAAAGCUCCGGCACGGUCACUCAGCAAGUCACCAAAGAGUACGUAACGAGAACAAUGUUGUCCGGAGGAGGAUCCCUCAGCCGGCAGGUGGACCGCCAGUUCUACGAGGCCUAAGAGAUGACCACAGUACACUGGACUAUGUAACUGCCCAGGUGCCACAUUUCCUUCCCUGGCACUUUAUUACUUUGUGCUUCUCUUAGCAUCUGGCAAACAAGACAGUACAUGAAGGGAUGGGGAUAUGACCGCAAUACUGACGUAGGUGCUACACCAGGUACCAGACAAGAUAACAUGGCUUCACUGUCUGCACCAAGCUUUUAAUGCAAUGCUUUGA